UUUUUGGGAUAAAAUCCUGGCCUGAAAAUAUGAGCUUGGAAAAACUGCAAUAAUGUUUAUUUACCUUAAGUGGUAUGAUUGCACUAUGAAUUGUUCACAGUCCCUCGGUCCCUCCUCUCUCUCUCAGUAACAGAAUUCACUUUUUUAAAAAAAACUUUGUUCAGCGAAGAAAACUAAGGAAGAAGAUGAGUUUCAGAGCUGCUGGUGCUUCUCUAGCCUUCUCUCAUGGCGGUAUUUCUCUCUCUCCUUUUCAUUUCUUCAAGUUUUCCCCCUUUCAUUUUUAUUCCCGAUAUUAUCCUCAUCAUUACCCUAAUCGUGCUCAUACAUUUGAUAAUCGUGACUUGUUUCUCCAAUCAGUUACUGAACGAUCUAAAUUAGGGUUUUCCGAUCUUAAUUCUCCCCUUUUACUCUUCUAUCAAAUGGUUAAUUUGCGUCCUCUUCCUUCUCUUAUCCAAUUUACUCAGCUUUUUACUGCCAUUUCCAAAUUGAAACGCCUUGAACCUCAUUCCACCAUUAUCUCUCUCUUCCGGAAGAUUGAAUUACUUGGUAUUUCACAUGAUAUGCAUUCUUUAAGUGUUCUUGCUAAUUGCUACUGUCAUUUGGGCAGACUUGAUUUCGCCUUUUCUCUCCUUGCUAAAAGUCUUAAGCUUGGUUAUCCCCUUGAUUGUGUCAUUUUUAAUACCUUAAUUAAUGGAUAUGUUCACUGCGAUAAGCUACCCCAAGCUGCUCAUUUGUUUAAUAAAAUUAUCAAGCUUGGUUUCCAACCCGACUUAAUUAUGUAUAAUACUAUUGUCAAAGGCCUUUGUAGGAUUGGCGACAAUGCGUCUGCUCUCGCUUUUCUUAAGAAAAUGCAAUCUGGAUGUCAUUUUAAGCCUGACAUUGUUAUAUACAACACUAUUAUCGAUAGUCUUUGCAAGGACAGGUUGUUACAAGAGGCCCUAGACCUGUUCUCCUCCAUGAAAUCUGAGGGCAUUAAACCCGAUGUUGUCACUUAUACUUCCUUGGUUCGAGGCCUCUACAAUUCCGGCUGUGGGGAUGACGCUCUGCGUAUGCUGACUGAGAUGUUAGAGAGCAACAUAGCACCUAAUCUUCAGACCUACAGCAUGCUGGUUGACAUGUUUUGUAAAGAUGGCUGUGUUGAUCAAGCUCAGUCCAUUAUAAAGCACAUGAUUGAGAGAGGUGUGCCUCCAGACAUCAUUACUUACAGUGCAUUACUUGAUGGUUAUUGUUUGCGUGGUCAGAUGGAAGAUGCAGAGAACCUACUUGAUCUCAUGGCUGAAAAUGGUUGUGAGCCUAACCUUGUAAGUUUCAGCACUAUAAUUAAUGGGUAUUGUAAGGCUAAAAACAUUGACAAGGCCCUAAACAUUUUCCAAGAGAUGUUUCGGAAAGGAAUAACCCCUAAUGUUGUUACCUAUAACACUCUUAUCGAUGGACUCUGCAAAGCCAAUAGACUCCCACAUGCGCGUAAGUUGUUCGAGGAAAUGUUGGCUGCAGGAGUUACUCCAAAUGUUGUCACCUAUGCUUCGUUGCUUGACUACCUUUGCAAAAGAGCACGACUUGAUGAGGCAGUUAAAUUACUUGAAGAUAUGGAGAAUAAUGGUGUUAAGCCUGGAAUUUCUAUCUACAGUAUCCUGAUGAAUAACUUGUGUGAGGCUGGACAACUUGAAGAUGCAGCAAAUUUCUUCUCCGAUCUUGUAUCAAAGGGUCUGCAACCUGAUAUUAAAACAUACAAUAUAAUGGUCAAAGGCUUCUGCAAGAAAGGGCUCAUGAGUGAAGUUGCUCAAGUGUUGAGGAUAAUGGAGGAAGAUGGUUUCCCCCCUGAUGAUCGAACCUAUAAUACGCUCAUCAGAGGUUAUAUUCUCGGUAACGACUUACCUAAUGCAUUAUACUAUCGUGAUAUUAUGGUUGUCAAGGGAUUUAAAGCUGAUGCAGACACUUUCUCAUUAUUUGUUGGGCUCUUGUCAUCUGUAAAUUUAAGUGACUCGAAGAAGGACCUGCUUCAGAAGUUUAUUAAUUAAAACGAAAUUGAUGUGACUUCAAAGAAUUUAGACCUUGAGUAUUCAAGUGUUGUUCUUAAUAGAUUGAUUUACUAUCUUGUUUAUUUUCGAUGGACACGUGAUGCUAAUACCUUAUUUAUCUUGCUGUGACCUCCAGAGUGUAAUUUGUGGCUGAAAGUAAGAAGUUGUGAAGCUAUGCAUUGUCUGUCCCAAGAUUUAAUGAUAAUCUGUGCAGACUUUGCAUAAUGUAUUUUUUUUUUUUCUAUUUUUUCCUUUUGCUUAACUUAUUGUGGUAACAUCAUAAUUUGGUUAUAUUUGCUGGUAUAUAGCUUGCGUACUAUGAUGCUGUUUUGUUUACUCAGACUUAAUCAGAAUUGGAUGAGCUGCUUCUGCUGCAGUCAUUAUCUCCAAA